AAGUUCAGAGCAAUGGCAGCACCAACAGUGUCGUUUGUCUCGUGUUCUUGUUAAUCGAUUAUAUACCAAAAACCCCUUUACUGUUAUUAUUAUUAUAAUCAAUCAUCUCUGUUUUGCUUUCUCUCUGUGUUGUAAUUCUUAAAGCAAUCAACAUGUUUUGCUUCUCUUAAACGUCAUACUCCUCUCUUUCUCUCUCUUUUUAGUGCUUUUUUUCAGUGAGCACUAACUGAUUUGAGCUUAAAUCUCAUCUGGGUUCAUCUUAAUUAUGGAGAAAAAACAAGGGUUUUUUUCUACAUUGAAGGAGGAAGUAGUCAGAGGCUUGUCUCCGGGAAGGUCGAGGAAUAGAACACCGAAACCUGGCCGGAGCCGGAGCGGGUCUCCGAAUUCGGGUCUACUCAGGCGGAGGAAAGGUCACCAUGUGGCUCAAACCGAACCGAUUAUGUCAAGAUCCGGGAGCUUGAGACCAUUGGAAGCUCUGUCACCGCUCCGAGAAGGUCCGGAUCCGAAUGAGACGACGGUCGACGCCGCCGGAGAUUCCUCGAAAGUAGAGAGAUGGGGACACUGGAUGAAGGGCCAGUUAUGCCGUGCUCCGUCCGCUGCUACCAGUUCCGGUUCGGGUUCUGCAUCCUAUCAACGUUCGGAUCUGAGAUUGCUUCUUGGUGUCUUGGGUGCGCCGCUUGCACCAGUGCACGUUAGCAACGCCGAGCCCUUUCCUCACCUCAGCAUCAAAGACACCCCCAUUGAAACGUCUUCAGCACAAUACAUACUGCAACAGUACAUGGCGGCGUCCGGCGGCCAAAAGCUGCAGAACUCCAUUCACAACGCGUAUGCAAUGGGGAAAGUGAAGAUGUUGGCAUUUGAUAUAGAAACUGCAACAAAAGUGAUAAAAAACAGAAACUCAUCAAAAACAGCAGAAUCUGGAGGUUUUGUGUUAUGGCAGAUGAACCCUGAUAUGUGGUAUGUGGAACUCGCACUCGGUGCAAGUAAGGUUCACGCCGGUUGUAAUGGGCGGCUCGUCUGGCGGCACACACCGUGGCUCGGUGCUCACGCCGCCAAAGGACCGGUCAGACCCUUGCGUCGCGCUCUUCAGGGUUUGGAUCCACGAACAACUGCAAGCAUGUUCACACACGCAAGAUGCACGGGAGAGAAAAAAAUCAACGAUGAAGAUUGCUUCAUCUUAAAGCUCUGUGCGGAUCCACACACGCUAAAAGCUCGAAGCGAGGGGCCUGCUGAAAUCAUCCGACACGUGUUAUUCGGGUAUUUCAGCCAAAAAACGGGGCUCCUGAUCCACCUUGAAGACUCUCAUCUAACCCGGAUCCAAACGAAUGGCGGAGAUGCUGUUUAUUGGGAAACCACAAUCAAUUCGUUUUUGGAUGAUUAUAGACCUGUUGAAGGAAUCAUGAUUGCACAUUCAGGAAGAUCGGUUGUGACUCUUUUUAGAUUUGGUGAAACAGCUAUGAGUCAUACAAAGACGAGAAUGGAAGAAGCUUGGAGUAUUGAAGAAGUUGCUUUUAAUGUUCCUGGGUUGUCGAUGGAUUGUUUUAUUCCUCCUGCUGAGUUGAGAUUUGGGAAUGUGAGUGAAGCGAGUGAGUUUGGACAGGAAGAUCGAGUCAAGACUGCUGCCAUGGCUGCUGCUGCUUACAGGGCGAAAGUUGUGGCAUUGGAGAGAUCAAGGAGAGAGAUUUGA